AUGAUCAUGAAUGAAUCAACACAAACCAACGAGGUAUCUACAUUAAUUCCAUUGGCACUACCAAAUUUGAAGAAAUUGGUAUUUGCUGGUGACCAAAAACAGUUGAGUUCAUUCACCAACAAUGAAGCAUUGCAAGAAUCGUUGUUUGAGAAAAUAGUCAAUAAGUGUGAGAAUGGAAAAGUACUUAUGUUGGACAAACAGUAUAGAAUGCAUCCACAUAUAACUAAAUUUCCCAGAACCAAGUUUUAUGGAGAAUUGUUGAAAGAUGGUGUAUCUGUUGAAGAACGAGGGUUGGAUAAUAUCAAAAAGCCAUUUGUAUUUUGGGAUACAAAGGGGUUGGAUAACUAUGAAGAAAAAAUGGCAAACUUCAAUGUUUAUAAAAACAAAAAGCAACAUUACUCAUCUGAAAAUGAAGGCGAGGGCAAACUUAUUAUUAAAAUAUUGUAUGAGUUGAUAUUCAACAAGAACAUAUCAAAAGACAGAAUAGGUGUGAUAUCACCAUAUAGUGGUCAGAGGCAGUUGCUUACAGACAAAAUAUUCAAAGAUAAGCUUAUCAAUCCAAAUGGUGAGCAAGUUGUUAUUAACAAAGAUUCAGAUGAAAUGUAUGAAGAUCAACAAGCAUCGACAUUGAAUAUUAUAUGUGAGAUAUCAAUUGCGACAUCUGACGCUUUUCAAGGCAAAGAGAAGGACUUCGUGUUAUUCAGUUGUGUGAGAAAUAAUCCUAAAGGAAAGAAUGGCUUCACCCAGGACGAACGAAGAAUAAACGUCGCCUUGACAUGA